AUGGAUCACAGGAGUGUCCACUUCAGGGCGAGAAACCGCAACGGUGGGAGGCGAUUUCGGUUUUUUCAACCGCCUCCACUAUAUAUGGUGCGCCGCCAGGUCUUCGCUUCAUUCAAUUCGCUCCGUUUGUGUUUUAAUCGCUUUUUCUUCACACCAAACGCUGCGUGUUAGCAUAUCUGAUUAAGCUUCGUUUAGUUCCUUGAAUCUCCUCAAUCUGAGCUGCUUGCAGAUGUCGGUGGUCUCCGCCACCUCAGGAGCUCUCGUCUUUUCCGGCGCCACACUGUUGGUGUCGCUGUUCGCAGCGGCAUCGCUGUACAGCCAGGUGUCGUCGAUCUGGAACGAGCUCGACUCCGAAAUCGCCAACUUCAGGGUUCGUUGCACUUCAGUACGAUUCCAUCGACUCAGAAGAGAUUUUGUGGACACUCUUUCAAUUUUGAUAUAGUCAUAAAUAACAAAAUUUUCAAAUUCACGUGACUUGACCAUUUUCAUGUUAGUAAGAAUGAAUACUAGUGAGAAUAAAUUUUUUUCUCAUGAUAAGAGAGCGUCAUUUCAUAGAGCACCUAGAUACUAUCUUAGAGGCGUGAAUUAAAAAGAUUAAUGUCGAAAGGGAGUUUUCAAGCCUAUUUACAAAAACAUCAUCAAUUCUAACUAAGUAGAAAUUUCGUCGUCAAUGUUUCAAAUCUUCCAUUUUUCUCUAUGCAAUUUUUAUACAGUUGUGAAAUCGAAAUCGCAAAUAAGCUUAUUUAUACUUCUCUUGUUUUUUUAAAUGAUCGUUAAAACUUUCCGAAAUGCAAAAUGUAGAGGCUUUAAAUGAAAGAACAGACGGUUUUUCUGAAUACGAUUACUAGUUUAAACAUCACAUACGGCUUGAUGCGAAUCACAGACUUUGGUGAUUGGUCUUGAUGCGUUGCAUUUGCAGUCGCUGACCGACGAUCUGUGGACAGACAUGAUCGGACUUGGCGCAGGCACGGCUUCGAACCGUGUGCGUCGUCAGCAAUACGGCGGUUACGGCGCCAGCGGCAGUCAGCCUCCAGAGAAUCCGCGAUUCCCAGACAACGGCGGCAACCCUCCGCAUGGUGGCGGUCCAAACGGCGGAAAUCCACCUGAGAACCCGCCAAAUGGAGUCGCGCCACGGUUCCCAGGCGGAGGACCCAGAGGACCAAGCGGAGAGAACUUCCCUGGCGGACCUGGAGGCCCGUUCGGCGGUCCUGGAGGCCGUUGCCAAUGCUCGUUCGAGAACAGCUGCCCUCCCGGACCAGCUGGUCCCCGAGGACAUCCUGGACACGACGGUCUCGACGGUCAGGAUGGAGUUCCUGGACACGAUGGAGAAGAUGCCGAAGACAUCCAAAACGUACCACCGCAAGGAUGUUUCACCUGCCCACAGGUAUCUUUAAAAAAACGAAUUCUGAACUGGAUUAAAUUGAACCAAAACAAAAAAAAUUACGUAUUUCAAUAAACGAACUGUUUGGCUUUAAAAUUAAAAAAAUUCAGUUCUAUAUAAUGAGGAGCUUUUCUAGGGACUUCCCGGACCACAAGGACCAUCUGGAGGACCAGGACUCAGAGGAAUGCGAGGGGCUCGAGGUCAGCCAGGCCACCCAGGACGCGACGGAAACCCUGGAAUGCCUGGAGACUGCGGCGCUCCUGGACUUCCUGGCUCCGACGGAACUCCUGGCAAGCCUGGGCCCAAAGGAGAUGACGGAGAACGACCUGUUGGUCGACCAGGACCUCGUGGACCUUCUGGAGAGGCUGGACCUGAAGGACCACAAGGACCAACUGGACGCGACGCCUACCCAGGAAUUCCAGGACCACCAGGAGAGCCAGGAAAUGCUGGCUAUGCUGGUGCUGCUGGCAGCGAUGGGUAAGUGGUUCUUCCCAGAAUGAAAAAAUACGAGGAUAUUUGUAGACCUGAGGGACCAGAAGGACCAAGUGGAAGCGUUGGAAAAGACGCUGAAUACUGCAAAUGUCCCACUCGCGACGCUCCAGUGUCCGACGGCGACUCUCAGAGCUCUCACUACCGUGUCCAUCGACGCCGACAAUAA